UCCCUGCCCAGCUGCCGGCCAUGGUGUACCUCGGGCAAGGCCCGAAGGUACAGAAAGUGAUGGUGCAGCCCAUCAACCUCAUCUUCAGAUACCUACAGAAUAGGUCCAGAAUUCAGGUGUGGCUGUAUGAACAGGUGAACGUGAGGAUAGAAGGCUAUAUCAUUGCAUUUGAUGAAUAUAUGAACUUGGUUCUGGAUGAUGCUGAGGAGAUUCACUUCAAGACAAAAUCAAGGAAACAGCUGGGUUGAAUCAUGUUAAAAGGAGACAAUAUUACUCUUCUACGGAGUGUUUCCAACUAGA